AUGGAGGUGAACGUCUUCAAGGCCACGCAGAAGGAUGCGGCCAAGGCAGAAUGCCAGAAGUGUAUGCAGUAUGGCCAGGCUGAGGGUUUGGGAUUUGAAAAUGAGGGUUUGGGAUUUGAAAAUGAGGGUUUAGGAAACCCUCGACUAAACCCCAAACCGGUGUUUGCCGAUGACGCUCCCGAGAUUCCUAUGAUAACUGAUGGAGACUGGUACAGAGACCGAAGACUUGUUGAAAAACUGAAGCAAGAAGAGGCAGAGAUAUAUCGCGCUGCCAAAAAGGAAGCAAAGAAACGCAGCAGCAGCAGCAGCAGCAGCAGCAGCAGUAGCAGCAGCAGCAGCAGCAGCAGCAGCAGCGGUAGCGACAGCAGCAGCAGCGACAGUGACAGCAGCGACAGCGACAGCAGCAGCAGCAGCAGCAGCAGCAGCAGCAGCAGCGACAGCGAUAGCAGCACAAGCAGCAGCAGCAGUAGCAGCAGCAGCAGCAGCAGCAGCAGCAAAAGCAGCAGGGCCUCUGCCCGCGCAGCCUUAGCGAAGGUGAAGAAACGGGAGCCAUCUCCAGCAGCAGCAGCUGCAGCAGCUCCAGCAGCAGCAGCAGCAGCAGCUCCAGCAGCAGCUGCUGCAGCAGUAGCACCAUCAACAGCAGCAACAGAAGCAGCAGCAGAAGCACAGCUGCUUCUCGCGGUCAAGUCUGAACCCGUGGACCCCGAAGUGCUGCAGCGGCAGCACUUGGAGCAGCAGAAGCAGCAGCUGCAGCAGCAGCAGCAGCAGCAGCUGCAGCAGCAGCUGCAGCAGCAGCUGCAGCAGCAGGGCCUGCCUAUCAAGGCUGACCCCGAGGCCAACGCUCACAAGCGGCGCCGCGCUCGAGACAGCAGCAGCAGCAGCAGCAGCAGCAGUAGCAGCAGCAGCAGCAGCAGCAGCAGCAGCGACAGCGACAGCAGCAGCAGCAGCAAGAAGCAUAAAAAGGGCAGGGCGAAGAAGCUGAGAAGAAAAGACGGAGCCAAACUGGCCAAGUCGGAGCAGCAGCAGCAGCAGCAGCAGCAGCUGCAGCAGCAGCAGCAGCAGCAGUCAAAAGGAAGCAGAAGAGGAAAUGAAGAAACUUCAGCUGCUGCUGACAGGGCUGCAGCAAAAAGCGCAGCAGCAGCAGCAGCAGCAGCAGCAGCAGCAGCAAGUGGAAGAGGAGACAGAAGAGGAGAAAAGGAAAAGGAGAAAUGGACAAGGUUUUGGCUGCGGGGGGUUUUGCCCCCCGCGCGGCCGCGCCAGCUUUUCGCAGCGGCUGAGGUGGUUUGGAGCGCUUCGUCGGCCCUCAGGGAACUCGAGGGCCGAGAGACACUGCAAGGGGACCUGGAGACUCGGGCUUGUUUUUCGCGGGCUGCGGCUUCGCUGCGUUUCGGGGGUUUGCAAACCCUAGUUGAGGGUUUGUCGCCGCUGGUGAGUUUCCUCUUGGGCCUUUUUGUCUCCACUUCGCUCUCGCGCUGGUGGGCCCUCAGGCAGCAGCUGACAGCAAUUUCUGCUUCCGUUUAUGAUGUUUUGCUGCUGGCUUGCUGCCACUUAGAAGACCCGCAGCAGCAGCAGCAGCAGCAGCAGCAGCAGCAGCAGCAGCAGCAGGGGUGGCUGCAGCGGCGAGGGGGCGCCGCGCCGCAGCAGGGCACGAGCUGCGGCGCUGCAGCAGCAGACGCGGACCUGCUGCUGCUGCACGACGCCCCAACAGCAGCAGCAGCAGCAGCAGCAGCAGAAGGACCAGCAGCAGAGGGGCCUGCAGCAGCAGCAGCAGCAGCAGCAGCAGCAGGGGCGGCAGAUGGACUACCAGCUGCAGCCCCAGCAGCAGCAGCAGCACAGGGGCCCCCAGCAGCAGCAGAGGCACCCGCGGCCGCAGCUCCAGCAGCAGCACAAGGACCCCCAGCAGCAGCAGCAGCAGCAGCAGCAGCAGCAGCAGCAGCAGCAGCAGAACCUUACUGGCUCUGCAGCAGACACCGCAUUCUGCGCCGUUUGCUGCGGCUCGGCUGCCUCAGCUACCACUUGGUUUUUGACGCAGCUCAAGGGACCGACGACCUCCACUACUUGCUCCGUAAGGCCAUUCUGCGCCGUUUGCUGCGGCUCGGCUGCCUCAGCUACCACUUGGUUUUUGACGCAGCUCAAGGGACCGACGACCUCCACUACUUGCUCCGGCUAAGGGCCUAG